GUUCAGGCGACACAUUCCUGUGCAGUUUGCAGCUGAAGCUUCGUGUUGAAUGAUGGAUUGUACAGAGGAGGUUCAGUCUGUGAGUGAGGAAACUGGAGCGCAGAUGGAGCUCAAAAAGGGAAUGUCGAUCUUCAUUGAUAUUUUACGGCGAGCUGAUAAAAACGAUGAUGGGAAACUUUCCUUUGAUGAAUUCAAAGCCUACUUCUCUGAUGGAGUCUUGACCGCUGACGAACUGAAGGAGCUCUUCCACACAAUUGACACCCAUAACACAGACAACGUGGACACGGAUGAACUCUGUGAGUAUUUCUCACAGCACCUUGGUGAAUAUGAAAACGUUCUUGGUGCCUUAGAAGACCUCAACAUGUCCAUACUGAAGGCCAUGGACAAAACAAAGAAGGAUUAUCAGGAGUCCACCCACCUGGAGCAGUUUGUGACCCGUUUCCUGCUAAAGGAGACAACCAAUCAGCUUCAUUCGCUUCAAAGCUCACUUGAGUGUGCCAUGGAAACCACUGCGGAGCAGACUCGACAGGAGAAACAGGGCCCGUUGAAGCCAGAGGUUUUGUCUAUCCAGUGGUCUGGCCGUCGAUCCAAUCGAAGGCUUCAGAGGAACAGCAGCCUCUCCCCGAACAACCCGCUCCUCAGUCUCGUCAAUUCAGGUGUUUACGAUGAAGACAGCCAGUGGAUGAUCCAGGUUAACAGACUGCAGAAGCUUAUCGACCGCCUCGAGCAAAGGGAGAUUCGUCUGGAGCCGGUUGAAGAGGAGGUCCUGGAGAGCAAAUCGCACAUCCUGAUCGUCCAGAGGCAGCUCUGUGUGCUGGAAGAGGAGCUGGAGGAGUUCCGUUUGGCUCUCAGACAGUACAUGGAGUGUUCCUGCGCCCAGACUGGAUGUCUACACAUUGCAGUUCAGCGGCUGGCAAAUGAAUCACGCUUCAUUCUCUAUGAAUUCUGGGAGCACAACAACGUGUGGAAGAAUCACCUGCAGACAAACUACAGUAAGACCUUCCAGAGAGGGAACGUGGACUUCCUGGAAACGCCCGAAACACUGACCACCAUGCUGGUUCCUGCCUCAUGGUGGGUCCUCAACAAUAACUGAAAAUGAGAGAUCAUCCAUCACAGAUCGUCACUGAAGUGAGCGGCCUGUCAGCACAUCAGGAAGCUUCACACAGUACACACACACUGACACACACCGACUCGACACAACUUGUGAAGUCAUGGUGAUUAGUAUCGAUUUUGUGACCUCCAUGUUCCUUCAUAGUUACGUGGUAGCAGAAAUAGCCACGCGUGUGUGUGAGCGUGUGGGUGUGUGUGUUUUAUUACACUCUUAGACGACACUUUGACGUCCUAAAGCAAUGACCUCAUUAUGUGAUAAUGUGAAGUCAUGGCUGUGUUCACUCGACACCAUCUGCAGCCUGUUGUAGAUCACACAUGUGACACAGUGAGCUGCAUGUCUGUGGGUGCGUGAAAGAGAGAGGGAGCAAAAGACAGAUGUAACUGUACAAUUGUAGCAGCUCCUGGGAGCUCAUUAAAUGGUCAUUCUGUUGUUUCUGUAUUUAUUGUGUCAAACCAAGUCAUAAAUAAAGAUGUUUUA